AUGAACAUCCACCUCUCUUCCCACCACCACCUCAUCCCUCUCGACUUCAAAUCCCUCGUCACCUUACCCAACUCCCACACUUGGGCUCCAUCCUCCUCCGAUCACCACCCGUUCCCCGAAUCCGUACCGGUCAUCGACCUAUCCGACCCGAAUGCCACCCCUCUGGUCCGCCUUGCCUGUGAGAAAUGGGGUGUGUUCCAAGUCACCAACCAUGGCGUUCCCAUGAACCUCAUCAAACAAACUCAGCUCCAAACCCAUCGACUCUUCGCCCUCCCCAGAGACCAAAAACUCCGGGUCCUCCGCUCGCCCGAUGGCUUCACCGGGUACGGGUCGGCCCGCAUUUCUGACAACUUCCCCAAGCUGAUGUGGUCGGAGGGUUUCUCGAUGAUGGGGUCUCCGCUGGAACAUGCCCGCCAGCUUUGGCCACUUCACCACGCCAACUUCUGGUACGUGCCAGAGACAAAUAAAUAA